AUGGUCACACAGCCGGAUGUUUCCUUGGUAAACAAGAAACGAGAAGAAGAAAAGGAGGGUUCGAGAUUUGACUUUAGACAACACCUAAUAUAUUCCACCAAAAUACGACAUUUGGUUGGCAUAGAUUUGGAGGGAUUCUUCCUUACGGUUCUAUCCGAGAAAACGUACAUCAAGGACCAUUACGUGUACGGGGUUUCUGAUUGGUGCGUUGUUGUCCCUCAGAUCUGUGGGUUAAUAAGAAGAAUUAUAAAGGAUGUGUUUAAAGUGGACAUGAAUUACGAAUUUUUCCAGUAUUGGAGAGAUCCCAAGAACGGAAAGCGGGGGCAAACCAUUGAAGGGCUGGUACAAUUCAUAGAAAACAAACUAUCAACCACUUUCAGAGAUUCUCCACCCUUUACGGUAGUGCCUUUUAUUCAGAAUCUUUUACUGCUGAAUGACUUAGUGGAAUACCAACCUGUAGAAAAUGACGAACCGGCUCUAUAUUGUGGCGUGAAACAUUAUAAAAAAAUUGUCAACGACCUGGUAUUUGGAACAAAGAUAGAGAUUGACGUCACCAACCCGUAUUAUAGGGAGAGCGUUGAUGAGCCAGAAACACCAGUAGAUAACGAUGAUACUUACUUGGAAAUAAACCAGAAAAGGGAAACGGACGAGCCAGUUACGACAUUAGAACAGGAUUUUAUUUGCAAGAAUUCCACAAACGCAGUAAAGUACCUAUUGGCUUUAAUCUCCAUAAUAUCUGUGGAGAGUAAUUUAGAGCAAGUGCAGAAUGACUUGAAGAGCUACAAUUCGUGCAACAACAUAGUUCCAUACACGAAGGAUUCGAAAACAUCUGAUACUUUGAAUGAUAUGACCACUCAUAUCAAAUUGGAGAAAAUAUCCUGGUUUGAACCAAACAUGAUUCAAAAGCGAAAACCAUGA